UGGGAGUUGGACUGCGCACGCGCAGUAUAAACAGGAUGUAAAUGAAUGCAAACACGAAAUCAGAAAAAAAUAUCCUGGAAAAAUGAACAUUUUGAGGUUUAUUUCUUGACCUAGCUGAUAACCACAGGAAGGCAUAUCGGGAAUCAUGAAGGAAAACAGGGAUCUUGCUUGCUACUUCAUCACCAAACAUUCAUGGAAAGGAAAAUACAAAAGGAUUUUCUCAGUGGGUACACAUGGCAUCACAACAUACCACCCCCAGUCUCUUGAAGUCACGAACCAGUGGUCAUACAAAGAGUUUGUCAGCAUCACCCCCAAUGUUCGGGCACCCGCCAACAAUGAGUUUCUCAUCUCGAUGUUAAAGGGGCGUAAAACAGAGCAGAUGAAAUUCUCUACUGACCAUAGGUCGGAUCUGCUUACGGAAGCACUGAGGUUCCGAGAGCAGUUUGCUGACAAGCCCUUUGUCAAAAAGCGUUUCAAUGCUCGAAAGCACCAUUGGUCGGACAGUCGUGUGCCCGUAACUCUCGAGGUUUCCCAGAGUUCCCUGAACCAGGUGGACGGCUCGGGGAAAGUGUUGUGUUCAUACGACUACAAAGAUAUGGAAGGCUUGGCUUUGGUUUCUGAUUAUCCAGGCGGAGUGGCAGUCAUCCAUGGUGGAUUCAGCAGACUGCACUUGUUUGCCCUGGAGGACAGAGAUGGCUUGAUACAGUCGGUAAUGACGGCAGCUGCGGAAUAUGUCGGGAUUGCGAUAAAACAGAGGAAGGCCCCAAUCACCUUUGAUCAGUUUGUUACACACAGGCUGGGCAAAUACAGCACGGAUGAGGCCCUGACUUCAUACGCAGAGUUCACUGUCCAGAAAGUGUCUCCUCGUCAUAGUGACGCAGUGAGGCGAACCCUGUGCUUGACGGAGACUUGUCUAGUGGAGCGUGACCCGGCAACAUACAACGUUACUACGUGUAAACCCCUCUGUGAUGUCUUUGCCAUUAUACGGGAUCAAGAGAAUCCACAGCAGUUUUGUGUCGAGUAUGUGAAGGGUGCCAUACGAACUUACCUCUCCACGGACAGAGAUGCGUUGAUAGCAUCCGUUUUGGAUGGAGUUCGGGCAUCAGGAAACCGAGACAUCUGUAUACGAAGGAAGAAAACAGCACGAGGAUACAGGCUAGGUCCCUUCACAGUUCCUGUCGAUGAGGAAGUGGAAAGUCAGCAUCUUAAAUUUAUCAUGUCACCAGCCGAGAAGAUGACUUUUAACGAGGCAGUAAUGAGAUUUAACAGUAAUGUCUCAUACAGCGGAUUACUACAUGCAGUCACACAAGAUAGGCUGUUUGCCGAGAACAAGGAGAAACUGAUCAAUGGUGCUCUUGCAGGCUUGCUUGAACAAGAAGGGGAUCAGAAUGUCAUUAGUAGUGAGAACCUGGAAGCCCAGUUUCAUGCCUUGCGGAGGCUUGUAGCUUCCAAGGCGGGAUUUGGAGCAUUCACUAGACUGCCCAAGAUGCGUGAAAAGGUUGGAUUAAAAGUUGUGAAAGCCCUGAAACGUAAUGACGAAGGUGUAAAACACGCGUCCCUGGACAUGCUGUGUGCGUUAAUGCAGCCCAUGCAUGAUGACUACGAUUUGCGACAGGAGCAACUCAACAAAACAUCCCUUCUGUCAUCGCAGAAAUUUCUGAAAACUCUGCUAGAGAUGUUUAAUGAUCACGUGGUCCACAGUACGGGAGCUUUGGUUAUAUCGGCCAUGUUGGAUUUCCUUACCUUUUCCCUCUGCGCACCAUACAGUGAAACCACCGACGGCGGACAUUUUGACUCGCUGCUGGAAAUGGUCGCAGCUAACGGCAGAAUUGUGUUCAAGCUUUUCCAGCACCCCUCCACUGCCAUCGUCAAGGGGGCUGGAUUGGUCAUGAAGGCCAUCAUUGAGGAGGGAGAUGCAGAAAUCGCUGCCAAGAUGCAGGAUCUAGCGCUAGCCGAGGGGGCGCUACCAAAGCACCUCCAUUCUGCCAUGUUCACACAAUCAGCGGACAACCGAAUGCUGACAAAUCGCCAACUUAGUAGACACCUUGUAGGGCUGUGGGUCACCGGACAUCCAACAGCCAUGGGCUUGCUUAGAAGAAUACUGCCGAGUGGAUUACUGUUGUACCUCGAUUCAGCAGACGAUGUUCCUGAACAUGAGGACGACAGACUUCACAUCAGAGACAAUGUGAAACUAGCUCAGGACCACCAGAAUCGGCAUAAGAAGAAUGUUCACAUACAGUUGUUAGAGAAAAAAGUGGACCAAGUCUUACAGCAUUGGAGGGCCAGGAUAGGAUUGGAAAGUAAACAGACUAAAGAGCAGAUGCCUAUUACCCUGAGAAAGCGAAGACAGCGGAUCAAAAGUGAAGCCAACUGGCCGCUCUUCUACUACCACUUCAGUCAUGACCAUGCAAAACCAAACCUCAUUUGGAACUACAAGACUCGAGAAGAGCUGCGUGAAGCCUUGGAGAACGAGAUGAGGGCUUUCAAUGUGGACAAGGAGCUUGGAUCAAAUUGUGUGAUUGGCUGGAACCAUCAGGAGUUUGAAGUCCAAUAUCACUGCCUGUCCGAUGAAAUCAAAAUAGGUGAUUAUUUUUUGCGUCUGCUCCUGGAGGAAGAUGAAAAUGAGUCGGAGGAAGUCAGCGCUAUAAAGAGAUCGUACGAGUUUUUCAACGACCUUUACCACCGAUUUCUCCUGACUCCCAAAGUGAACAUGAAGUGUAUGUGUCUACAAGCAAUGACGAUAGUGUAUGGCAGAUGUCACGAGGAAAUCGGGGCAUUUAACGAUACCAAGUAUAUCGUGGGGAUGCUGGAAAGGUGCUCAGACAAACUAGAGAGGGACAGACUGGUGAUGUUUCUCAACAAACUGAUUUUACACCAAAGAAAUGUCAAGGAAAUAAUGGACGCCAACGGGGUCAAAGUCCUUGUUGACCUGUUGACACUAGCUCAUUUGCAUACGACCCGGGCAACUGUUCCACUGCAGACAAACGUGAUAGAAGCAGGGGCAGAUAUGAAGCGGGAGAGUGAGAAAGAGUGGUACUAUGGCAACAAGGAUAAAGAAAGAUUAGGGCCUUACAGCUAUGAGGAGAUCAAUAGACUCUGGGACGAGGGUGUUGUGCAUAACAAGACGCGAUGCUGGGCCCAAGGGAUGGAUGGAUGGCGCCCAUUACAACUGAUCCCGCAGCUCAAGUGGAAGCUGAUGGCCACGGGUCAGGCGGUCAUGAAUGAGAGCGACCUUGGGUGUCUGAUACUCAACAUGUUUAUACGCAUGAGUGAAUAUUACCCCAGUAGAGAUGUAGAUGGUGCUAUAGUCCGCCCCUUGCCAAGAAUCAAACGGGUGCUCUCAGACCCCCUCUGUCUUCCACACAUAGUACAGUUGCUGUUGACUUUUGACCCGAUCCUGGUGGAAAAAGUUGCCUUCCUUCUGAAUGACAUAAUGGCCGACAACCCCAACAUAUCUCGUCUAUACCUAACUGGCGUGUUCUUCUUCAUCAUGAUGUACACAGGAUCGAACGUGCUUCCAAUUGCUCGAUUCCUCAAGAACACCCAUGUGAAACAGGCUUUCAGAUCAGAUGAGAACUCUAGUUCUGACCUGAUGAUCCGCAGUGUUCUUGGCCAUAUUCUCCCCGAGGCUAUGGUGUGCUACUUGGAGAAUUAUUCUGCAGAGAAAUUUGCUCAAAUCUUCCUCGGCGAGUUUGAUACUCCUGAGGCAAUCUGGAAUGCUGAAAUGAGACGAAUGAUGAUAGAAAAGAUAGCAUCCCACCUGGUGGACUUCACCCCUCGUCUUAUGUCUAACACGCGAUCCCUGUACCAAUACUGUCCCAUACCUGUGAUAAACUACCCGCAGCUAGAACAUGAACUCUUCUGCAACAUCUACUACUUGAAACAUCUCUGUGAUACCAGGAAGUUCCCUGACUGGCCAAUCAAGGAUCCUGUCAGAUUACUCAAAGACAUUCUGGAAGCUUGGAAGAAGGAGGUUGAAAAGAAAGCACCCACCAUGUCCUUAGACGAGGCUUAUCAGACUUUGGGGCUGGAUAAAGGUGUAGGAGGCCAUGAAGAGGGUAAGGUGAGGAAGGCGUAUUUCCGGCUGGCCCAGAAAUACCAUCCAGACAAGAACCCUGAUGGACGGGAAAUGUUUGAAGCUGUGAACAAAGCGUAUGAGUUCUUGUGUAGCAAGUCCAAAAUCACAGACGGCCCUGACCCUAGAAACAUUGUUCUCAUACUGAAGGCCCAGUGUAUACUGUUCAGCAGAUAUGGAGAGGAGCUACGCCCGUACAAGUAUGCAGGCUACCCCAUGCUUAUCAAGACAAUCCGAAUGGAAACCAAUGAUGAUCAACUAUUCUCCAAGUCUGCACCGCUUCUUGCUGCUGCAAGUGAACUGGCCUUCCAUACAGUGAAUUGUAGUGCUCUAAAUGCUGAAGAGUUGAGGAGGGAAAAUGGCAUUCAGGUUCUACAAGAAGCGUUUGCCAGAUGUAUCAAUGUGAUUGGCCUCUCGAGCAAACCUGAAGACCUAGCAGUCGAGGUGUGUAUGCACAUUACACGGUGCUACUCUGUGGCGUCACAGUUCAAGGGCUGCCGGGAGAGGAUACAGGAACAACAAUCUAUCAUCAAAGACCUGUGUAGAAUACUCUAUUUUAAGAACUUGACCAAGCUGUGUACGGUGGUAGCAGAAUGCGUGAGCGCCUUCUGUAUUGAUUUCUGGCUACAGACACAUCUGUUUCAAAGUGGCGUUCUGUGGCAUCUGCUGCUCUACCUCUUCAAUUAUGACUUCACUCUGGAAGAAUCAGGUGUUGAAAAAAGUGACGACUCAAACAAACAAGAGAUUGCAAACCAGCUGGCAAGACUGUGUAUACGGGCUUGUGGGCGACUGGGUGGUUACCUUGCCAGCUCAGAGGAAGGCGAAGAUAAUCCACCGGACAAUCCAGCAGUGAAGAAAUCGUUGAUGGCGAUGUUGACACCGUACCUGGCACGGAAAUUGAGCAAUCCUGUUCAGUCAGAGUUGUUGAAGAUUCUAAAUAGUAACACGGAGAAUCCGUAUUUGAUAUGGGACAAUGCCACAAGAGCUCAGUUGACUGAAUUCCUCACUGACCAACAGCAGCAGAUGAUGAAAACAGGAGAAUCUGAUCCGGACUUUGGAGGGAUGUUUGUGUUCGAUAUUCAUGCCAAGGAGUUGAUUGUGGGUGAAAUAUUUGUGAGGAUCUACAAUGAACAGCCUACAUUUCCUCUGGAGAAUCCAAAAGGAUUUACAAUUGAUCUCUUAGACUUCCUUGGAUCUCAAGCACAGUACCUACAUUCCUUACUAAUGCUGCAGAAGUCAAAUAAGAACUCCCCUGAUGGACAGGGCUCCUCCCAGCUCAGUCGACUGGGUCAGGUGGAAAUGGCGCUAGAAGCAUUGCGGAAUGUGAUAAAAAAUAACCAAGGUGUGGAAAUCCAGUGUAUCGGACAUUUCAAGCUCAUGUUCUGUCUACUGAGGCUUGAUGACUGUGCCAAACUGCAGCAGCUCGCUCUCGAGGUAAUCAAUUGUGUAUCAGCGAACCAAGAAUGUGUGAAAGACAUCGCAGCUUCAGAAGUACUAGGUUAUCUUCUCUUAGCCAUACAGUUAUUACAAAACUGUCGAGCACUCACUCUAGAAACGCUGGCUGCUCUAAUGUCCAGUACCAAGAUUGUGAAAGAAGCCAUGGCUAAAGGUGCUCUAGUCUACUUACUGGACUUAUUCUGCAAUGCCACAAGGCCUGAAGUAAGGGAGAAAACUGCAGAACUUUUUGCCAAAAUGUUGGCAGACAAACUUGUCGGCCCAAAAGUGCGGAUAAUUCUUGGGAAAUUUCUGCCCGGGAUAUUUAUGGAUGCUAUGAGAGAUAGUGCUGAAGCAAGUGUCCACAUGUUUGAAGGUACCCAUGAGAAUCCGGAGCUGAUCUGGAAUGAUGAAUCCCGAGAGAAGGUCUCUCAUGAAGUCAAAACAAUGAAAGACAAACACUACAAGGCACAGAGGGACAACCCUGAUCUCAAGUGGAACCUGCCGGAAGAGUUCAACGUUGUGUAUAACGAGGUCGCAGGGGAACUGGUGGUGGGUGGGGUGUUCUUACGCCUGUUUAUAUCCAAUCCUGGUUGGGUGCUACGAAAACCGAAGGAGUUCUUGACAGAACUACUGGAGCUGUGGUCAAAACUCGUCUCUGUUGCCUCGCCUGAUGCAGAGAAACUAGAAACAGUUACCACAGCGACUGUGUGUCUGUUUUCAAGUCAUUCUAGUCUUACGGAUCAAGUCCCGUCCCUCGGCUACGUGCCAAAAGUGUUCUCCGCGAUGAAGGAGAAAAACACCUCCAUCCCGAAAAGUGCAAUACAAGUCUGCCAUCAACUGGCUGGGAGUGAGAUAUGUAUCCGAUCAAUGGCCCAAGUUGAGUGUAUAGGUCCCAUUAAGACAGCAAUGCAGACCAGACGGGACUCUAUAGCCCUAGCUUGUGAAGCACUUAGUAAAAUGUUUGACAAAGGAGAAGAGGAACUUGUAUCCCAGGCGUUACGUACAGAGAUGGUGCAAUACCUACUAAAGCUGUUGGAAGCUGGUUUGGAGGCUAUAGACAACCCAGCGUCUACAAAGGCUCAGAUUGUUAAGGCAAUUAAAGCCAUGCAGAGGAGUUUGCUGUAUGCAGAACAGAUUGAUACCAUCCUGAAUGCUUCACACACAUGGCGGGAAUACAAGGACCAGAAGCAUGAUCUGUUCAUAAGUGAUACACCGAUAGCUGGCUACCUCACAGAUAAACCCCACGAAGGUUCAACAUACACUCCAGGUCCUAGUGGGCCCAGUGUUGCAGGGUACCUGACAUCUGGUUCCCAUUCUGUGAUGCCUGAUAAGCCCCCGCCUGUUGACCAUCACCAUGACGACCAUUAGUGACAAUUUUGAUUGGAUAGUAUUUAUAGAGCAAGUAAAAGACAGUGGAAACUAAACAAAUUGGCUCUUGAAUUGAAACAAAAUGUAAACUUAACAAUCACUAUAGGAAGAGCACACUGUUUAAGUUUUGAAAGACAAUUAACUGAAGAAAUAUCAUGUAAUUAUAAAUCUCUCUUUCAAGUUCUUUCUAGUGGUAUCUUAGUUAAUGGUUAUUUUUGUAACUAAAUGCUGGAUCAAUGGAUUAUGCAUGAAGUUAUACCUUGGAGUAAGAAUUCACCGGGGGGCUAGUGCUCAAAUAAGAUGCAUUUUAUGAUAAUAUAAUGCUUUAACCAAUGGCCGUGAACUGUUGAUAUUAACCAAUGAAAGUGAUUCAUACAUUGUGAUUCAAAUACAUGUAGAUUUGCAUUUUCAAUGCAUAUCAUAUGAAAAUGCAUAUCAUAUAAAGCCCUUGUAACAAUGUAAAUCAUGUUUAUAAAAUUGAUAACAUCUUACAUCAUUACAUGUGAAAGGCACCAUAACGUUAAGAUGAAUUAGUCAUAUUUAUAUUAUAGAAUUACACCAACAAAUAAAUGUUUGAACGAUGUGCAUUUUUGUAAAAUAAUUUAUUAUAUGUAUUUUGUACAGAUUGUUUCGUAAAUGUUGUGGUCCGUUUAGAUUUGACAUCAUUAUACACUUCGUUCUGCUGAGAGUUAUAUGCUUCAAUGUUCAAAUUUGUCACAAAUUAUGGCUUUGUUCACGAUUGCUUUGCACUGAAUCAUAUAAUCAUAUAAAUUUCAAAAUGUGCUAUUACUCUUGUAAACGUUGUUAUGUGAGUAUGUCAACACUGUUUGUUGAUAGCUCCUAUGUGGUGUGUUGAGAUACAAUGUAUCUUUUUUAAGUCAUGAUUAAGUCAUUUUUAGCUUGUCUAUUUUCUGGAUGAAUAAAAAAAGUCGGAGUUUUUGUCAUUGUCAUAUUAAGAUGUCAUCAGGGUCGUCUGGCAACAACUUCAGGUUUGGCCAUAAUUCAAAAACCAUUCAACAAAUUCUAACGAAACUUAGUACACAUCUGCCAACAACAAUAUCCAUAUUCACAGCAAGGCCCAUUACCCUAGCUUUAUCAAUUGUUGAGUUGUGCCCCCAUUUUCAAUUGAAAAGCAAUUGAUGCUCUUGUUUUCGGUGUAUAGCUUGUUGAUAUAAUUUCAAAUUGUUUGAUUGUUAUAGAUUGAAUGGAAGACUCAUUUAAACUGCUUUUAAUAAAGUCCUUACCAUGUAUUUAAGAUUUUGAAAUUGUGCAAUAUUCAUUCAUUUUAUAGCAUGUCUGUGUACCAUUCACUUCUCACGUACAUGUAGUCAGUCUAUAACUGAUUGUCCAUGUAUUGUACAUGUGCAUGGAUGUACAUGUAGUCAGUCUAUAACUGAUUGUUAUUAAAUUGUACAUGUGCAUGGAUGUACAUGUAGUCAGUCUAUAACUGAUUGUUAUUAAAUUGUACAUGUGCAUAGAUAUAUAAUGUUAUAUGUGUUUCCUAUUAAAAUGUAUAUGUUAAUGAAGAUUUUGUUUCUUAAAAAUCCUGGCAUUAAGUGCUGAUUAUAAUAAUUUCAUUUGUUCAUGUUUUACAUUAUCAUACUUUUAAAAUAUCUAUUUAGUAACGAAUAAAACUGCCAAAGCUAGUGGACAAAUGUUAAACUGUGAGCGUCGGACACAGAUAUUUUUUAACUACACAUUAUUUUGAAUAAUAGUAAAAUGUGCUUUUCCCGUCAUCAAAUUUUGUCCGUCAUGUGGGUUUGGAAAAAAAAUGUGAAAAAUGACUUAUUUUGCUGAAAAACGUGUCACAAACAAAUAUGUUCAUAAUAUUUUCUAAGUCACUUAUAAUGAAAUAAAUCUGAUGUUCAAUCACUGAAAUAUAGUGCAAUCAUACACUGGAACAAACACUUUUUAUUACUUGCUUACAAUUCUUAGAACACUGAUUAAUUGAUAUUUAAUGGAAAAUGGGGCCAUGUUUUUGCCAAAUGACAUCUGAUUGCAAAUGAGGUCAUUAAUUUUUAUUCUCAGCAUUGUGUGUGAUAAUUUUAAGGAUUUUUUUACUGUAUAACAGGCUCAAAUAAGUCAAAUAAUAUUUUGAUAUACUCAAUGUUUCAAAUGGAGAGUUUAUCAAUAUUUUGAUAUCCUCACUGUUUCAAAUGGAGAGUUUAUCAGAAUAUCAUCUUCUAUUCGUUUUCAAUUAACCUGAAUAACCACAAUAAAGAAUGAAUUCAAACUAUCUUAAUGAAGAAAUAAAAUAACUAAGUAGAAGGAAGUGAUGCAAAAUAUUUCCAACUUGAAAUCCAACAAUAUGCUCCAAGCAUAGAAUAAUUGUAUGAAAAAUUUAUACAAAUGAUCUAGUUUAAUGUGAUUGUGUGUUGAAUGUUGGAAGAUUUGUUUUGGGCACAACCUGUCCUAUUGAAUGUGCUUACUCUUGAUUUUGAUAAAUUAUCCAUAAUCAUUUAUUGGCAGUAUAAAACCGUUGUUAAUUGUUAAAUGUACAUGUUAUGUAUUGAUAUAUUUAUAUCAUAGAAUGAUACAGAGAAUAAAACGAAACCUUUA